GUUUAAAUUCACGUUUACAAAAUCAAAGUCAAAGUUAAAGUCGAAGGCUUUCGCUAAUCGUCAGUAGUUACGAAUAAUACCAUCAAGUAAGAUAUCAGGAUGUCUUCCUCUGAUAAAUCCCAAUGCAAUCAGAAACGAAAAAGAUAUUUAAGUAGCACACCUAUGCUACAGAAAAAGUCUCGUGAACUCAGUAUAAGCGAGUCCACUAUCGAAUCAAAUUCAUCGUCUAAUACUAAAGGAACAAGUGGAAAUAUAAUACAAAGAAUUAUAAAGAGAAAGAAGGAAACAAAAAGAAAGGCGCGAAAGGAAAAACCGAAACAAAGGGCGAAAAGGAAAUCUGAUAGCGAUUGGGAAACAUGUGUUUCCUGUUCUCCGAACGACGUUCUGUUUAAAGACAUAGAAUCUCCGGAACGUCUUCGAGAAGCUCCAUGCUGGAUCGAGGAACGUUCGGAAUCACCAAUUUUAGGAUCUAAAAAACGGCUGGUCCGAAGUCCAGGAAAGAUCACCUUUGAGGAGAAAGAGCCAUUUUCUUCGAAGGAGCUGCCCCGUCUUCAUGUAUCAUGGGAUGAUACUGAUGAUGACGAGGGAGCGUUAUUAACUCUAAGAAAAGAAAAUAUAAUUAGAACGUACCCAGGAAUAAGGGACAAGAAACAGUCCAAGAAACCUGUAACUAUUGACAAAAGCAAGCGAUGGUUGGUAGAUCUGACGAUUCCAACUAUUUCCAGCGAUCUACUCUGGGAUGAUUUUGUAAAAAACAAUGAAAACGUUCGCAAAUACUUGGCUGCAUGUUCGAAAUCCGAACAAAAAUCGUCUAAAGAAAAGAGUAUAAAAGAAACAUGUUUAGGUUCCACAAUUCCGAAGGGCAUGGACGUCGUACAAGGGCGUUGGGAUAAAUCCUCACAAAAAUGGAUUCCAGGAGAUGAUAUAUAUAAGUUUCCUCUGCGGGAAGAUUCUGGGAUAAGAAUGGGUUUGAAUGAAUACCUUCAACGAUACAAAGCUGCAAAUAAGGGAGACAGAUGUAUUAAAAGGAUAAAUACAAUUCGUAACUUAGUUUCUAACGAAAUAUCAGAUGAAACUACUGAACCUAUCGCGACAUCUAGUAAUAUGAAUAGAAUAACUGAACAGGCUACCGAUGUUACGGUAACUGUCGAUAAGGGGCAAAAAAUAAUUAGAAAAUUAAAACCACCAUUGGUACAAUUAUUAACUACCGUGAGAUACAAGAAAAUCAAAAGUGGUUGGAAAAGAAUUAAGAUAAAAAAUUCUUAAAUAUUGAAAUAUCUUGAAUAAUAUUCAAUAUCUUUAAAUGUUGAAUAUCAACGGUUUACUUUUGUAUGUACUUUGUAUAUAUUUUUUACUUACUCUCGUCGGUAGUAUUUAUGUAUGUAAAAUUAAAUCUCUGUCGAUAUUUUAAA